UGGAGUGUGAGAGGCGCUCAGAGAGACUCAAAACAGUGAGGCGGAGCUGGGAGUGAAUCAGCGACUGAAGCCUGACUUAACUCAGAACCUCCACACACUCGCUUACAAGAGCAGGAAAUUCCCCGGCAGAUAAAGCCCAGGAGGGGCGUCGAGCGCGUCCUAAGGCUAACCAGCUAUAGGAGGAGGACAGAGAGGCUUGUGACGGAUCGGUCCGGACUCGAUAUCAGGACGGGCAGUAGAGGAGCACAAAGCCGGUGGAGUGUCUCUGGAGCGGCUGAGAUCAGCCCAGCACCCCCCCCACAUACACACACACACACACACACACACACACCCGGCCUGCUGCUCUUAGCCUGUUGCUGCUGUGAUCUCAUCAUUACAGCCCUCGCAUUUCUCAGCGACACACGCGUCUGUAAGUAGUUUCGAGGUGUUUUGUCUUUGUUUAGAGGCUGGCUUGUUGUUUUGUAGCGGUUGGUGGUCUACAGCGCUCUGCAGCUGGCUAAUCAGUUAGCUGUAGCAUACCGUCGUGUCCACAGCAGCCUCACGGGCACGAUGUAGUUUGAUUAUUGGACCUCAUUUUAUUAAUACAAGACACAACAUGCGUGAUAAAAGAGCGCGUGACAUGAACCAACGAGUUUGGCAUAUUUAAUCUCCGCUUCUUCUCCAUGCUAACGCGGAGUCACUUAACGUUAUUCCGUGCGACACAAUCUCUCGUGUAAUUCGACGAGGAGCUGUUUAUGCUGCAAAACUGUGUACAGCACAUAAAAUGUGUGUUUUAUUGACUUCACGUGGCUUAUGUUGAACCGAACUGAAUCUGCUGAGUAACUCGGCUUGUGUAUGAGGAGAUAUUUAAUGGAAGGCUGACUGGACUGAUCAUCUGGAUGUCCCCUGCUAUCAUUGGAGUUAGUGUACAUUUGCAGGAGAAUCGUUCGCACAGGGACUUUUAUUGGACUGGUUUUGGUGGAUAAAGGCCAGGGAGUUAGACACGCCAGGACCAGCCUGGAUCCCCAUCAUUUGGCUGCUUGAGUGAGUCCCCGAUGCGGAGGGGCUGAGUGCUCCGGGACAUGCUGAAGUGUAUCCCGCUGUGGCGGUGUAACCGUCACGUUGAGUCCGUGGAUAAGCGGCACUGCUCGCUCACUGCGGUGCCCGAUGAGAUCUACCGCUACAACCGCAGUCUGGAGGAACUGCUCCUGGACGCCAACCAGCUGAGAGAGCUGCCCAAGCCUUUCUUCAGACUGCACAAUUUGCGAAAGCUGGGCCUCAGUGACAAUGAGAUUCAAAAAUUAUCACCCGACAUUGCCAACUUCACGCACCUGGUGGAGAUGGACAUCUCCAGAAAUGAUAUUUCUGAGAUUCCCGAAAACAUUAAAUUCUGUCAGGCCUUGGAGAUGGCAGACUUCAGCGGAAACCCCUUGUCCAGGUUGCCUGAUGGCUUCACACAGCUCAGAGGACUGGCUCACCUAUCACUCAAUGACGUGUCGCUGCAGUCUCUACCCAAUGACAUUGGAAACUUGUCAAACCUGGUGACUCUAGAGCUGAGGGAGAAUCUACUGAAAUCUUUGCCCUCCUCUCUUUCCUUCCUGGUUAAACUGGAACAGCUGGAUCUGGGAAGCAAUGUACUGGAAGUUUUGCCUGACACACUUGGGGCACUGCCCAAUCUUCGUGAACUUUGGUUGGACAGAAACCAGCUCUCCUCACUACCUCCUGAGCUGGGGAACCUGCGGCAGCUGGUUUGCUUGGACGUGUCAGAGAACCGUCUAUCAGAGCUUCCCACAGAGAUCAGUGGCCUUAUCGCCCUCACAGACCUGCUGCUCUCUGAGAACCUCCUGGAAGUCUUGCCGGACAGCAUUGGCUCACUUAAGAAGUUGUCCAUUCUGAAAGUGAACCAGAACCGCUUAGUGCAUCUCACAGACUCUAUUGGCAAGUGUGAGAACCUGACAGAGCUUAUGUUGACUGAGAACCUUCUCCAGUCCCUCCCUCGCUCACUUGGGAAGCUGAAGAAUUUGACCAACUUGAAUGUGGACCGAAACCGCUUGAGCAGCGUGCCAGCAGAACUGGGAGGUUGUGUCAGCCUGAACGUGCUCUCCCUCAGAGAUAACCGUUUGGGAAAACUACCUUCUGAGCUCGCCAAUGCAACAGAAUUACACGUGCUGGACGUGGCAGGCAACAGGUUGCAGAAUUUACCCUUCGCAUUGGCCAAUCUGAACCUGAAGGCCAUGUGGCUGGCAGAGAACCAGUCUCAACCCAUGCUGAAGUUCCAGACAGAGGAUGAUGAGCGGACUGGAGAAAAAGUUCUCACCUGCUACCUGCUGCCUCAGCAAACCUCAUCGAGCCUUGAGAAUCUACUGGACAGGAGUGUCGAUGAAACCUGGCCCACAGACACUAAUUUGAACAGAGUAUCGGUCAUUCAGUUCCAGGAUGACUCUAAACACGAAGAGGAAGAUGAGGAGACUGCGGCAGAGAAUAGGCAGGGUCUUCAGAGGAGAGCCACACCACAUCCCAAUGAGUUAAAGGUGAUGAAGAAUGUCAUUGAAGCCAGAAGAAAUGAGGCUUAUACAGCCAAGCCAGAUGAGGAUCUGGAGUCCCCGGACUCUGAGGAGAAACGGUUGAGUGGGCUGUCCAAUCAAAGUCAUGAUUCUCAGACAUCCAGUAGCACCGCCUCUCAGGAAGAGAAGCGGGGUAUCAACAAUACAGGUGUGGAGAUUAAUGAUGGACAUGGUCAAGAGGAGGAGGAGCUGGAUGAGAUGGAGGUGGAGUAUACUGAGCCUACUGUGCACUUUGCUGAAGAGCCCAUCAUCCGUGGCGGUGAUGAGGAGGAAGAAGAUGAAAAUGAAGAAGACAAUGAAGAUGCGGAAAGGAGCGAUGAGUACUCUCGAACGCCACCUUUUCCUGCAGAGAAACAGCGGCUCAUACGUAAAGACACACCACACUACAAAAAGCACUUCAAGAUCACCAAGCUGCCCAAACCAGAGACUGUCGCCGCCCUGCUGCAAGGCUUCAGUCAUGACGGCUUCUCACCUAAUACUCACACCCCUGAGGACGAGAGGAAUGGUGAGGAGGAGGAGGAGGAGGAUGAGGGAGGAGUAACGGUCAAUACCCCUUUUCAGCACAGACUAGAAGCAGCUGAGCUAGAAGACAGCAGGCUGAGUCAGAUGAACUCGUCCCUGCAGCCAGUGAAGGGGGUGUCAUUUGAUCAAGUCAAUAAUCUGCUGAUUGAGCCUGCUCGAAUUGAGGAGGAAGAGCUGACCCUGUCUAUCCUGAGACAGACCGGUGGGUUAGGCAUCAGCAUAGCAGGGGGGAAAGGAUCUACGCCCUAUAAGGGUGAUGACGAGGGUAUUUUCAUCUCUAGAGUGUCAGAAGAGGGCCCUGCUGCUCGUGCUGGAGUCAAAGUGGGAGACAAACUUCUUGAGGUGAACGGAGUAGACCUGCACGGAGCGGAGCAUCACACAGCUGUCGAGGCCUUGCGCAACUCGGGGGCAGCCUUGGUUAUGACCGUUCUGAGGGAACGCAUGGUUGAACCAGAGAACGCCGUCACCACCACGCCAUUGAGACCAGAAGAUGAUUAUUUCCCCCGGGAGAGACGGUCCAGUGGGCUGCCUUUCCUCCUGGACUCUGCCUCACCUGCUGUCAGCACUGGUCCUGCGCUGCAACUAGCCACUUGUCUGGUCCGCAACGAUAAAGGUUUAGGGUUCAGCAUUGCUGGAGGGAAAGGGUCAACCCUGUACCGAGUAGGAGACACAGGAAUCUUCAUCUCUCGUAUUGCUGAAGGAGGAGCUGCUCACAGAGACAAUAUCCUGCACGUGGGAGACAGGGUCAUAUCAAUCAAUGGUGUAGACAUGACAGAGGCCAGACAUGACCAGGCAGUAGCGCUGCUUACCGGCACUUCCCCCACCAUCACCCUCCUGGUCGAACGGGACCAGGCCAGUGCAGGGGGUGCCUCCCCUCGAACUCGACCUCAUUCGCCCCCUCCUCCAGAGCCAUCUGACUCACCUGAGCAAGAGGAAGGAGAUGAGCAUCUUGGAAACCAUCUCAACUGCCCCAUGGAAGAUGAAUACCCCAUUGAGGAAGUGACCCUGAUCAAAGCAGGUGGUCCCUUGGGUCUGAGCAUUGUAGGGGGUAGCGACCAUGCCAGCCACCCUUUUGGAAUUAAUGAGCCUGGGGUGUUCAUCUCAAAGGUCAUCCCCAAUGGCUUGGCCUCUGAGAGUGGACUUCGCGUGGGCGAUCGUAUAUUGGAGGUGAACGCCAUCGACCUAAGACAUGCCACACAUCAGGAAGCUGUUAGAGCCCUGCUAUCCAACAAGCAGGAUAUCCGCAUGCUUGUGCGCAGAGAUCCCUCGCCCCCUGGCAUGCAGGAGAUUGUCAUCCACAAGCAGCCUGGAGAAAAGCUGGGCAUCAGCAUCAGGGGAGGAGCUAAAGGCCAUGCAGGCAACCCCUUUGACCCCACAGAUGAGGGCAUCUUCAUUUCCAAGGUGAGCUCCAGCGGUGCUGCUGCACGAGAUGGCCGACUGCGGGUGGGCAUGCGUGUUCUUGAGGUGGGCAACAACAGUCUGCUGGGUAUGACACACACGGAAGCAGUGAGGGUCUUGCGUGCUGCCGGUGACUCCUUGGUCAUGCUUGUGUGUGAUGGCUUUGACCCAAGAAACGCUGCAGGCAUAGAGGCAUCCCCUGGUGUUAUUGCGAACCCGUUUGCGGCAGGUAUUGUUCGUAAGAACAGUAUGGAGAGCAUCUCAUCAGUAGACAGAGACCUGAGUCCUGAAGAGAUUGACAUCAUGCAGAAGGAGGUAGAGAUGGUGAGGGAGACGUCCCAGUGGGAACGGGAGGAGAUGGAAAAAGUGGAGCGUAUGCGCUUGGAGCGCGAGGAGGCAACUCGUUUGCUGGUGGAGGAAACUGAGAAUUUGAGCACUGGACCAUUGAAACUGGACUACAAGACACUGGCUGCUCUUCCUACCACUAGCCUACAGAAAGUUAAUAGAUCUUCACCGUCUGAGCCUCACAGGAUUGACAGUCCUGUCCGAGAUGCUGCAUACUCUCCACACAACUCACUGUCAAACAUUAAUUUCCCUUCAAAUGCAAACACUAAGGAUAAUACAUCAACUAAACCUGGUGCCAUCCAGCCUCUCUCUCGGGGGCGACCCGCUGUAUCUCCAGCCAGUCAGGAUGGCCACAGCAGUCCCAACCCUUUCCAGCAUGGCCUCUCUCCCAUCAGCUCUCAGACCACUCCUCGUGCCCCAUCCCCUGACACACAUGAGGAAUACCCCAUCAAUAUCAAGCAGGUAUAUAAGGCCUUCGCAGCUGUGCCACACUCCCUGGCUGUACUGGAACCCCCACAGGAUCUUUACUCUCCACGGAACAAUUUCAGCCCAAAGCAACCAUCACCAGAGCCUGAGCUGAAUAAUGAGGUGUUUGUGGAUGAGGCUGAGGGCAGUGGUCCUCUCAGGCCUCAUCCCUCCCUCUCAUCUGACCGCCACGAGUACAGGAGCCUGGCAGCCGUGCCACGCUUGUCUCGCCCCUCAGUGGAGUUGAAGACCCCCUCCUCUAUUGGCAGAGAUGUCCCAGAGCAGCGCUCCUUCAGAGACAGGCAGAAAUAUUUUGAGAUUGACGUGAAGCAGCAGACACCAGACAAACCCAAACCUCGCAUCUCACUUGUGGGAGAAGAUGACUUGAAGAAAAUGAAAGAGGAAGAAGCAAAGCGAAUUGAACAAAGGACACAAGAGUAUAUGCUGGAUGAAGAUGAGGAGGAUGAGGAGGAAGAUCUGGCGAAGCAGGUGGCAGAUAUGAAGGCUCACGGAAAGGUUGUCCUUGAUGGUGUGGAGUACAAGGUUGAGAGCUUAGGAAGCCACAGUUCCCCAUCUCUGAGGCAGUGUGCCACAACGCCCACCCACUGUGGCAGCUCAGGUCCCUCCUCCGUGGACGGUAAAGGAGACUCUCAGCGGAAUUCAAUGGAAGACAGCUUCAGACUGGAACAGAGACCCAACUCCAUGACGGGUUUGAUCCCAGUUUAUCCCGGUGAAUCUGUGGCUCCCAUUCGGACGGCCAAAGCAGAGCGUAGGCAACAAGAGCGAUUACGCAUGCAGAGCCCAGAGCUUGCUGUCGCCCUGGACAAGGAGCUGUCGCCUGCUGAAAAACGAGCCCUGGAGGCAGAGAAGAGGGCCAUGUGGAGAGCAGCCAGGAUGAAGUCUCUAGAGCAGGAUGCUUUGAAGGCCCAGAUGGUCAUUGCCAAGUCUAAAGAGGGGAAGAAGCGUGGCACGUUGGAUCAGCUGUCAGAGUCACCGUCCCCUGCGCCCACACCCUCUCCAACACCAAUGGAAGAUAUCAGUCCACGGGCAGUGACUUCACCAGGCAGACUGUCCCUGUCAGAAAAGAAGUUUGACUACCGACAAUUUGCUGCCAUUCCUUCUUCCAAACCUGUUUACGACAUUCAGUCUCCUGGUGCAGGUGGUGAUGUGCACUUCAUGGAUGAUAACCCAGUGUCUGUUGUAGAUCCAGAAGUUCCUGUGGCCACCACAUCUGCUCUAGAGGAGAUGGCUCUCUACAGUAACAAGCGCAAACUACGACAGGGCCGCCGCAGCCUGGAGGCUCCAGUGCCCACAUAACUGUACACUCACACACUAAUGCAUCUGAACUGUGAAGAUAAAACACACAUAGUGAUCAUCUAAUGCUAAGAGAUGCCACACAUGGCUUAGAAUGCUCUGAAAUACACAUUGUUGACAGAUAUUAAACCACUCUUAUUUCAGUGCCCACAACACAGGUUGGGAGGUGAGUCUCCCGAACGCUAGUCUUGCCUUUUCAGUUGAAAAGGGUUGCUCAGAUUUUACUAUGGGAGGUCCAGAGGAUGGCUGAUUGAUUUACCUAUUUGACUGUUUUUCUGUCUGUCGGCAUUUUAGAAGCAGAGUUAUUUUAAGAGAUGCUGUGGGUGUUUCUUUCUAAACGCUUUCAAAACCUCCUCUAGAAAUGAAAAUGUGGAAAGGCAGAAAAGGAGCUAUUUAAACAUAACUCUGUUCAUUUUUUGGGAGAUUCAGUUUGCAGACGAUAUACUGCUACCUUCACUGCCCCAUGUAAGCCAGACUUCCACUUUUGUUGCUUUAAUUCACAAUCAGAAAAAAGUUUUUAUUCCUUUUAAAUGUAAUUUAUUGAUGUAAUAUACUGUUUUUAAUCUAUGGGAUUCCAAUACAAUAGAGGAACAAAUUGAGGCUUUUUGACACAUGUAUAAGCUGAUUACUUAUUUUGUGACGAAUUUAGAUUUUGGGGUUUGGGAUAAAUUUUCUUGCACGCAGCAUUUUAAAAAUGAAAAUGAGGCCUUGCCAUAAAGCUUUAUUUCCAUUUUCUAUCCUUAUCAGUUUCGAAACAGAAUUUCUUCUUUAAGGUGAUGCAAAUGAAUGUAAUAUUUUUGAAAGGUUGCAUCUGACCUUAUUUAAAGAUCUGUUAUAAACCUUUUCCUAAUAUGUAUGAUCAUACCAUAUCAUGAAGACUGACCUACUGUAUUGAGUAGCGUCAUUCUAAACCUUUUAAUUGAUCUCUAGUCUUCCUUUAAUGGACUAGGAGAAUAAAAUGAAGUGGAUAAUGGUUUCAUAAGAUUUUUGUCCCUUUGCUGAUGGUCUUCCUCAAGGACACUAAAAUGCAUUCUCCAUUUUUAUUUCUGCGUCUUGUUCUGGGCCAUCUAUACACUGAAUCAUUCCCUUUGCUACACAGAGUGACUAGACUUGAGAAUUUCACUCUUUGACAACCCAUCAUUCGCCAGACAUAUAACCUUACCUCUCCAUGAACAGAUGGUACCAUUUUGGGAGGGAGGAAGAAAUUGAAUCAUCGGAGAACAUUUGGUCUUUAUAAACAUCUGCAAAUCUUGCUCGUAUCUUUUCUUUCUCUUGUUCUGACAGGUGUGUGAAGGUAGUAGAUGUUUUCUAAUCUACAUUUUAAAUAGUUGAACUUUCAAAGCCACUGAAAAGCUCAUCGUGUGAAUAAUGUAUAAAUGCUAAAAAAAAAAAAAAAGAGGCAAAAAUCGAAUCUGAGCCUUUCUGCCCCAAGACCAAACUAAAGUCUGAAGGGUAUAGAUGAUUCUACCAGGGUCUUGACGACUGAUCCCUGUGUUUGUAUAUUGGCUUAUUGCAAUUUUACUGUCAAUCUUGUGUGAGGACUAAUAUGAUAGACUUUUAUUAUUCCUUCAAGUAAAGAGUUUUAUUUCACCGUUCUCAAAUCAGUUGUUCACACCCUAGCUGCCAUCAACACUGUGUCCCGAUGAACCUGUCAAACAUGAAAAAAAAAUUAAUUUACUAAUAUUAGCUUUUGUGUUGCUCUCAUCGACUGAAAUUCAGUUUAAUAACAGUUUGGGAUUGCUCAUCAUUGUAUUUUUUAAAAACUGCAGUUUGAGGAAAAAAAAGAAGUUGGUUUUCUGUAACCGAUGGGAUAAUGGGAUUCACUACAUUUUUAUUUUUUCAAAGCAGAAGAGUUUGAUUUCUCUUGUUGUUUUCUUGUCUUGAUUUAUUGUUGGGGAGGAUAUUCUUUUGUUUUGGUUUUUUGCUAAAGGGGAGGGUGGGACUAAAGGUCUGGGGUUAGAGUUCAUUCAGGACUGUAACUAGUGAAUUUGUACAACCAAAGAAGUCUAUUUUGUGGUUCAGGAAUAAUAAAGUUUACUUUUCAUUUAA